GCUUACAAGGCGUCCAGACGGUUAAUUCAUAUUUGGCGGGGAUGCGCGCGCGGCUGUGCGGGACGGGUGCGCGGUGCGAGGCCGCGGGCGCCUCAUGACAACAAACGUAUGCCUGACGUGGGCCGGUGGACGCUGGGGAGAAAACUUUCCACAAAAAACCCCUCCAGAAGUGAACACAGACCAUGGCAAAGCAUCAUCCUGACUUGAUCUUCUGCCGCAAGCAGCCCGGGGUGGCCAUCGGGCGUCUGUGUGAGAAGUGUGACGGGAAGUGUGUGAUCUGUGACUCCUACGUGCGGCCCUGCACCCUGGUCAGGAUAUGUGACGAGUGCAACUACGGCUCUUACCAGGGUCGCUGUGUCAUCUGUGGAGGCCCAGGAGUGUCUGACGCCUACUACUGCAAGGAGUGCACGGUGCUGGAGAAGGACAGGGACGGCUGCCCCAAGAUCGUCAACCUCGGCUCCUCCAAGACAGACUUGUUUUACGAGAGGAAGAAAUACGGUUUCAAAAAGAGAUGAGGCGGGCUGUGGGUGGGCGAGGGGUGUGGUGGGGCUUUUUGUAUCUGGAGACUUAUUUUCACUUUAUAUUCAUUAUAUGUGAUGUUCAUUAAUGAUCAAAUAUAUUUUGUUUACAGGUAUACAUAUUAUUACUGACCUUCCUUUGCUUCUUGAUAAUAGAAUAAUGUAAUUAAUGGAGGCCACGUAUGUUAUGUAUUACUCAUGAACAUUACUUAACCAAAAGUAAAACAUAAUGCCAGAGCACUAAAAUGAUUAAAGAAACAAAACCAUUUGAUUGCCAACAUUCUGGUUACAACAAAACAUGCAGGGCUGCCUUGAUCCCUGUGCUGCAGGAAUAAGACAUUGUUUACCAUAGCACUGGCUUUUAGAAAAGCCAGUCUAGUAUGUAAUCACUUGAAAGUUUGUCUUCAUGUAUUAUAUGGGUAAACAUUUUUAUCGUCUGGGAAUAAACACCACUGGUAUGAAUUAAUAAAAGUUUUCCACAAUAA